AUGGAUUUUAAGGAGGCUGUGAGGGAGUAUUGCAUCCAGGAAGGUAGAAGAGUUAGAUUCAAGAAAAAUGAUAAUGUACAAUGUAGGGCUUUAUAUAGGGGUGAGGAAUGUCCAUGGGUUCUCUAUGUCUCUAAGGAUAGUGAGAGUGUUGCUGGCAACAAAUGUGACUUGGACUUGAACAAGUCUUCCCUGACAAAAGCACUUGGAGAUGCAAGGCACAUUGUGUAUGGUGAUGCUGCUGCACAAUAUGGGAUAGUGAGAGACUAUGGUGAAACUCUCCUGAAGUGCAGCCCUGGUUCUACUGUGCGCAUCACAACAAUUUCUCAUCCCAACCCCGCAGAAGAUCCCACUUUUGACAAGAUGUAUAUUUGUCUAUAUGGAUGCAAAAAUGGGUUUAGGAUGGGAUGCAGACCUCUAAUAGGGCUUGAUGGAGCAUUCCUGAAAACCAGAUUUAGUGGACAAAUCUUGGCAGCCAUUUACGUCAUUGCAUAUGCCAUUGUACCAGUAGAGAACACGAAUAAUUGGAGGUGGUUUCUUGAGCUGCUGCAUAAGGAUCUAAGGAGCUACACCCAAAAUGGGUGGUGUUUUAUUUUAGACAUGCAAAAGGGGCUAAUCACAGCUGUGCAGGAGGUCUUCCCUUAUGUCCACCACAGAUUUUGUGUAUGGCACUUGCGGAGAAACUUCAAAAAGCAGUGGAAAGACAAUGAACUUAAAGGAUUACUGUGGAAGUGUGUAAGAUCUACUACUCAAGAGGGAUUCAUUGAGGGGAUGAUGACAAUCCAGAGCACUAAAAAGGAAGCAUGA